AUGGCGGCGACGUGGGCGGCGCGGGCGGGCGCUGUGAUAUGUAUUGCGAGGGCACGGGCAAACCCCGUAUCCGCGCGACGAUCGCCACCCAGCCGGUUGACCACGGCGAGGGCGUCGUCAGCGGAUGGGGGCCCAUCCGGCAGUGGCGGGGAUGACGUGGAUGGUUCACCUGAGGACUCUUCGUAUCGACCCGUAAGCGGCGAGGAGCUCAAGGCGGCGAUUCAGGAGUGCCGCGAGAUCCUCGAGGAGGCGACACGGAUAGCGGGGGAACAGGCCCGGGCCGAGCUCGCCGCGCAGUUCCUGAAGGUCCCCGAGGGAGCCCAGGCAUCGCUCGCGGUGGACAUGGCCCGAGUGCAGCUGUUCUUCCAGGGUAAGGGCAUGAGGCCGUACCAGGCGGAGAAAGUCUCCGCCACGUUGAUCGAGAUCGACUCCAUCUACGGCGACGUCGAGCUGCUGGCGGUGAAAUUCGACAGGCUCGUGCGCACGCUGCCGGACGUCGAUGUCUCGGAGAUGGUGUUCAACGACCCCCGGGUUCUGACUGUGAAAAUCGCCGACGCCGUGCCCAGACUGAUAGAACUUCUGGACAUAUUCCCGCUGGAGAAGGUGCCGCAGAUGAUCACAGAGGCGCCCAAGCUGUUAUACGAGACGGAGCCCAUACCCGAACGUUUCGAGCGGACGUGUGAGUGCAUCAAGCGGGUGUAUCCGAAGGAAACCACGGAGGGGUGCAAGUACGCGCUUUCGGAGGAGCCGACUCUGAUGUUUGAUUUGCCGGAUCUGCAGAUAUUCCAGAAGGACGAGCGGGUGGACAUAGCGGAACUGCCCAUGGCCGUACAGGAGAGCCUGGUGUAUGCCACGAGGAACGAACACGAGUGA